CGCCCUCCGCGUCCUCCCGGCUCCGCUUGCCCUGGCCGAGCCCCGCCGAGGGGGAUGCCCCGGGUACUACCUCCCCGGGCAGCUGCGCCCCUCGGCGCGCGCAGGCAUCCCUGGCCCGCCCUGGCAGCGGCAACCCGCGAGCCGCGUCCCCGGGAAGUUGUCUCGGGAGCCCGCGGCCCCCGGGUCUCCUCCCCUUGAGCCCCGCCCCCCGCCCGGCGCGGGGAUCUCAGAGCCGCCCGGCCCGGGGGCGUCGCCGCUCGCUCUCGGGAGCCAGCAGGGCCAGCGCAGCCGGCGAGCCCAGCGCGGUCAGUGAGCGUCCGCUUCCAAGCGGGCAGAGCGAUUGGGGACCCCGGCGCACCCCAGGCACGGCGCGCGCCCAGAGCGCGGGAGCCCCGAGCUCCGGGCGCCUGGGACCCCGCGCAGCCUCCGGUCAGCUCGUGGGGCUCGGCAGGGAUGCAGGCUGCGCUGUGAGCCCGGGCGCCAAGGCCAUGGCCGGCGCCCGCUGCCGGACCCUCUACCCCUUCUCCGGGGAGCGGCAUGGCCAGGGGCUCCGCUUCGCCGCGGGCGAGCUGCUCACACUGCUGCAGGUCCCGGACGGUGGCUGGUGGGAAGGCGAGAAGGACGAUGGGCUCCGCGGCUGGUUCCCGGCCAGCUAUGUGCAGUUGCUGGAGCAGAAGCCUGGGAUGGUCCCCCCUCCGCCAGGAGAGGAGAGCCAGACCUUCAUCCUUCCACCUGGCUGGCAGAGCUACUUGUCGCCUCAGGGCCGGCGUUACUAUGUCAACACGACUACCAAUGAGACCACCUGGGAACGGCCCAGCAGUUCUCCUGGGAUUUCAGCCAGCCCUGGCCCUCACAGGAGCUCUCUGCCUCCAGCAGUGAAUGGAUACCACGCAUCAGGGACCCCGGCGCACCCUCCAGAGACUGCCCACAUGAGUCUCCGAAAAUCCACCGGUGAUUCCCAGAACCUGGGAUCCUCGUCGCCUGGAAAAAAACAGAGCAAGGAGAACACCAUCACUAUAAACUGCGUGACAUUCCCUCACCCAGAUACAAUGCCUGAACAGCAGCUGCUGAAGCCCACCGAGUGGAGCUAUUGUGACUACUUCUGGGCGGAUAAGAAGGACCCUCAAGGCAAUGGCACUGUGGCUGGGUUUGAACUGCUGCUGCAGAAGCAAUUGAAAGGCAAACAGAUGCAGAAGGAGAUGUCUGAGUUCAUCCGGGAAAGGAUAAAGAUUGAAGAAGAAUAUGCAAAGAACCUGGCUAAGCUCUCUCAGAACUCCCUGGCCGCCCAGGAGGAAGGUUCCUUGGGAGAGGCAUGGGCCCAGGUGAAGAAGAGCCUGGCUGAUGAGGCUGAAGUUCAUCUCAAGUUCUCCGCCAAGCUGCACAGUGAGGUGGAGAAACCUCUCAUGAACUUCCGCGAGAACUUCAAGAAAGACAUGAAAAAGUGUGACCACCACAUCGCUGACCUCCGCAAGCAACUGGCUAGCCGUUAUGCCUCAGUGGAGAAGGCCCGCAAAGCCCUCACAGAACGGCAGAAAGACCUGGAGAUAAAGACCCAGCAGCUGGAGAUCAAGCUGAGUAACAAGACAGAGGAGGACAUCAAGAAGGCGCGGAGGAAGUCCACGCAGGCUGGAGAUGACCUCAUGCGCUGUGUGGACCUCUACAACCAGGCACAAUCCAAGUGGUUUGAAGAGAUGGUGACUACCACACUGGAGCUGGAGCGGCUGGAGGUGGAAAGGGUGGAGAUGAUCCGGCAGCAUCUGUGCCAGUAUACACAACUGCGGCAUGAGACAGACAUGUUCAACCAAAGCACAGUCGAGCCUGUGGACCAGCUGCUUCGAAAAGUGGACCCAGCCAAAGACAGGGAGCUGUGGGUCAGGGAGCACAAAACGGGCAACAUCCGCCCUGUGGACAUGGAGAUCUAGAAGCGCCUAUGUGGCCCCCGAGGGUCCUGCCAAGGAGAAGGCUGGGGGUCCUAUGGAGAAGGGGUGGCAGCUCCCUCAGGGUGGAGCUGCCCUAUUACCUGCUGUCCUGUCCAGUGAGAAGAAGAAAAAGAGCUGUUGAUUCCAGAAGGAGGCCCCAAUAUUCCCAGGCCACGAAGACGGACCCACAGCCCUGUCUUUGUCUGUGAGACUGAGGCCCCCAAAUCUCAUGCUUGUCACUCUGAGAACAAACUGAGGCUAGAAUGCUGUGGUCCCUGCUUAGCUCCUCAGAGGUGGCUGUCACACACUUGUGCACUGGAUGCCCAAAGCCCGCCCUCUGGCUGACCUCUCAUCUCCAGGGCUAUAAAAGAAGAAAGGAGAAAGAGGUCCCUGUCUCCAGCCAGUGUCAGGGUCAGCAUCUAGGAUAGGAGACACCAUGCAGCUCACAGUCCGAACCUGUAACCUCUUGCAGCCCUCCCUAUUUUUCCAUUGCAUUCUGGGAGCCCACGUCUGGCUUUUCUCAGCCACUCUUCAUCCCCAGGGGUCUUAGGAAGAAGGCUUGCUGCUUAUCUUCCCAACUUUGUCUGGUGAAAUCAGGAUGGAACUACCUCAGUUGGCAAAGUAGGCCUGAUUGGAGUACUGAUUCAUAGCUCCUAUCAGAUCAAGCAUCAGCUGUAAAGUCUACCCUGGAAGUCCCAAUCCACCCUUCCUUCAGCCUCUUUCUCAAGAAGCGCCCCCCCAUUCCCACCCUGAUACCCCUUCUCAGACUCAGCAGAAUCCUCAGACAGCUGUGUGCGUGUCCAGAGGCUUUGGAGGUAGAGUCUUAGAAAGUCCAUCUACCACCAUGCCCUCUACAUCAUACUAACCUUGAUUAGUGCUCUCCCAGACUGCCCAGCACAGGCUUCAUGGGACUGAGUCCGUCCUGUGUGGGAGACAGGUCAGGAUAAGUCCCAGUCAUUGCCCAAUGGUUCCAGUUCUGCAGGAGAAUAAUGGGGUUGGAACUGCUGUUCCCUGAUUAGGCACUGGACAGUCGUUACGAUUCUCAUGGCCACAGUAAGUUGUUGCCACCCAGGAAAGAGGGAACUUCAGGAAGCUACAAGAACAGGAAGCAGAUUCCAGCUGGGCACUUGUGCCCUGAGAGUCUAUCUUUCUUCAUCUUUCCCACUGAUGACUUUGUAUUUGACCUGUCCAUCUCCCAGGAGCGUAGAAUCCUCUGAGCACAUCUCCUGAAUCUUUCAGUCUUAUAUGCUAAUAAGACAACUUACUAAUCUUGACUUUUUUGGCACCUUGUUCACAGAAUUGUCUCUCAUAGUUAUUAGGAAGAUGUCUAAUAUACUACAGCAAGCUAAACGUUGUCACUGUUCUUACUGAAAUGUCUUAACCACAAUGGCCAGCGUGAGAGCGUUUCACCAACAUAAAGGAUGGGACUAUCCUUUGGGAUACAUAGAUACUCCUUCUGGGUCUGGGCAUGGGCCAUGACACCAGCUACCAAUUUUAGGAUAUUAUUUCUUGGUUUCUUUAUUCGAAAUGGGUGCUAGUGGUAAUUGCUUUGUGGCUUAGCAACCGAAUCUGUGGAUGAUGGUCAGACAUUCCAAGUCUUGUCAUUACACAGAGGUUUUGAAUAUAAUGUGGCUCAUGACCUUCAUUCCUUCACCCCCAUCAGAAGGGUUGAGAGUCCUCUGAUCUGUUGCUUCCUCCAGCAUAACCCCACUUGGCCAGUGUGGGUCAUUCUGAGGUCAUUCUCUCCUCCUCACGUCCUUUUCAGUCUCUCCACAUCCUCUUCUUUCUCUUCUUCCAUCAUUCUAUUCAUGAAGCAUUUUGUUACAGCCAAGCAGUAUGUAUGCUCUGAUCUGAGGACAGGGUAUGACAGCUCUGUUAUCAAGCAAGCCAGGAGACUGAUUUCUGUAGACAUGACCUUUCCUGGAUAACCUUGAUUCCUAUAUUCAGAUACUCUGCAGAUUUGGGUUGUCAGAGGUACCAUCAGGUUUUCUGCUGAUUAAGUUGGAUUCGUUCAUUUGUGCAUUUGGUUUUGUUUUUUUUUUUUCUCUCAGUAAAUGCUUACAGCUGAGUGCUGAGUGGUAGAACUAUACUUGUGUUUAAGAAGACACUCUCCUGCUCACUCUGUUCCCCAGGCAGACAGGUGAGUUUAGAGCCUUCUGGAGAGGAGAAAUAUCAUACUUUCCACCCACUGGGAUUCUUUUGAGUUUUAACUACACCAGGAGGUAGUGACCUAGCAGUGAGAUUUGAAUCUCCUGAUAGUCGGACUCUCAGCUCAUAUCCAGCUCCAGUUCAGAAAUGGAUUUACUUGGUUUUAAGUAAGUUUCUUUGCACUACAAAUAGGAAGAAUGAAGCCAGGGAGAGCCAAGGGUGCCAUGAAAUGAAACCCAGAAAUGAGAGGGUGGAGUCAAGUGUCUAAGUGCCCUGUCCCUCACAGCACCCUGUGGAUAGCCAAGAUGACAGUGAAGUCUGGCCAAUCUAGAAGUGCAUUCUGGAGUGUGAGCCUCAUUUCAGUUGUUGCCUAGGGGUUUUGCUUUGUUGGAGGUCCUGGGCACCUAACCUAGGAUCUCAUAUGUGCUAGACAAGUGCUCUGCCACUGAGCUACACUCCUGCCCUGUUAUUUUGCAUUUGCGAACAUGUCAGUUCUUGGAGGAUUCAGCUGGGUUUGUUCAGGGUGGGUAGCAUCCACUGUUCAUGCUGACAACAGCCCAGCCUCCUCCACUUGCCCCCACCCAGGAGAGCCAAUGCACUUAAGUUUUGCUUGCAAAAGCCUGAUUUAAAAAAAAAAAUCUCUAAAAUGAAUGAUGUUCAAAAUGGGUUUGUUGUCAUGACAACCCCCAGGAAGAGAUGCUUGUUAUCGUUCAUUAUUUUCUAGUGCUUCUGCGGAGUACCACAGUGCACAGGCCAUUUGGACGAUGUGGACGGCAGCCCUGGGCUCUGUCCCAUUGACUGCUGUGUGGCUGCCUUUGUACCUUCACACAACAGCCUGCUGAUCCAGAAAGAGUUCUGCAGUCAUUGAUUAACAGCUGGAACAAACCAUACAAAAUCAUGAUGGGUUUGGGUCUGUUCCCUCUGUGAAAUCCAGGCAGUUACAAGGUUAAUGGAUGGGUGCAUAAAAAUCUUGGCUAAACCAAAGUCCCUUCUUGGAAAUGCAAGCCAUAAAAUUCAAAGGGUGUCAGAAGACCUUGGCUUAUUUCAGGGGUUUUGCUUUUAGCUGUGAGUAGCCUUGACAAGGAGAGUUUAAACAGGAGUCUGAAGACCCAUUGGGUCUUAUGUAGCUACGGGAAAGCACUUUGCAGACACUAAGCAGGGGAGCAGGUCAGCUGCCUGCAAGCUUGACCUAGAUACCCCUUGUUCCCAUAGUUCCUCCCACCCCUACAAAAUACAUUUUCACCUCCUUUUUCCAGGCUGAUUGAGGUGUGAUUGCAUAUAGUAUAAUUCAUCCUUUCAAAUAAUGCAGAUCUUCAAACUUUGGCAUAUGUGAUCUUAUAACCACCAAGAUCAGCAUGUCCUUCAUUAUAAAAACUACCUUCAUAUACUCUUGGGGUCAGUUCUGUCCCCCCACCUCUGAUCUAGCAGAUGUUCUGACCAGUCAGUGUUCUGACCCUACAGUUUUUCCUCUUCUAUAAUCCCAUGUAAAUGGAGUCACACUGAUGCAACCUUAGUAAGUCAUGAUGUCAUAUAUGUCAGCAAUGGGUCCCCCUCUCAUCACUGAGUAGUAUUCCAUCGCAUGGGCAGACCACAUUGUUUAUUUGGUUUUAAAAUGAAUCUUUUGUCCUGGAAGUAGUAGCCCCAGCCCUUUGGCUUGUUUGUAUAACUGCUUCCGGCCAGGGUCAGAGCAUAAAACAGGUGGGAGUGUGGGGAGUGGCAGCAGUCUCACCCCUCCACCCUGUUACAACCUGUGAUUUGUCUCUCAGCUUGAGAAUGGAGGGGUAGCUGUCACCUUACUCCCCAUGGGAUUGUGAGAAAACAUGGAUGAGCCAGCUGGGGCCUUAGACACAGCAUGUUCCCUUCCUGAAUCCAUGUCCCCUGCCAACUGAAGGUCUUGUUCUGUCCCCACCCCUUCUCGUUGCCUAUUUGCAGCCUUCAUGCGUGGUCAUAUGUAUCCUGGUAGCUCCAUUGCUGUGGCCAGAAGUCCUCCUCCUGACAAGCAAUUUUCCAGUUAGAUCCAAAUGGGGCUUUUAGUCCCACUCUGAGAGUGGUGUGGCUCCUCUCAGAACCCUCAAAGAAACUGUACCUUUUGAGAAACUGUCCCCAGGAGUCAGGACAGCUGUAAAGACAGAGCUACCAGAUCAAAUCUGUUGGUGGUGGUACUUUGCCUCAUGGGCAGGCACACUGAGACUGGCCUGUGCCUAUACCCUACCAGAUGGUGGCAGAUAGUGGCAGAGACAGGACCAAGCCCAACUAAGGCCAGGCCAGGUUGGGGUUGGGGUUCCAUGGUGCCUACUCCUCCAAGCUAUGUCUUGGUUAUGCAUUGCUGAAUAAAAGGUGCACCCUAGAAGGUUCCUGGGAAGCUCAGGGUAAACUGGAGGCAUUCCUGGGUUCAGGGGAGUUGAAGGUCAGGACUGGGAAGCUAGAUCCCAAGAAUCUCGAGAUGGGAGGCAAGGCUGCUGGGACCCCAAGGGGAGGGCUCUUCAAAUACCCUCCACCUGCAGGAGUAUCAUUUCUAUGGGGGAAUUCCUGAGGUGAGGGACCAGCUCCUCAUUGGACCGUGGAGAGUAAGACGGGGCCCAAGAUUAAGCCACCAAUGCCCUAAACUUCUCAUGCUGAAUGUGGCUUUCAGGAGCUGUCCUGAUGUAUCUUGGGUAGGGGGCCAUGGUGAUGGCCUUUAGACUCUUACUAAGUGAUGUUGGGGACCUGUCCUUUGUAUUUGAGGCAAAUUUCUAAUGAGACUACAAUGGUGGAGUGUGACACUGGGAUAGAAAGAGUGAGAAUGGCCCUGCCCCGCUGCCCUGAUCCCCUGUUUGUCCUGCAUCCUAAGAACAAACCCUGUCAGGGCUUCUGUGUAUUCAUCUGUCCUUCUCUGCAGCCCCCUCAGGAGACAGGCUUUCGGACCCAGGGACCGACAUUCCGAGGGACACCAGCCAUCCUGGGUGAGAGCCUGAAUCUAUAACCCCUCCCUUCUCUGAAGAAGGACAUGGCCAGAGGCAUCCCCUUCAUGGACCCAAGCACAUCAGCAAACCCCAUGAAAGUGGAAUUUUCUAACAAAAUAAAUGUGCUUGUUUGGUCUGUUUUCUGUAACUUUUGCUAAAUACUUUAUACAUUUUUAAUGUUGGAAAGCAGUGUCUCCUUGCCAGCAUUCCUCGCCCGGGAUGAAUGUGUUUACUCCACACUGUAUAUCUUUCCAUGCUCCGGCUGCCUAGACCAGUAAAUAAAAUGGAUGUAAUAUAAGUUGUAAGUAACACCGUCAAAACUCUGAUCCCAAUGGAGGCUGCACGCCCCCCCCAUAAUAGCAUUUGUGUGUAUUAAUGCUGAAAAUUAAAUGUUUAAAUUAGAGUU